AUGCCGUCUACCACUACUACAUGUGCUGCCUCUGGGGGCGCUGCUGCCGCCGCGGCGAGCGCAAGAAAGCAGAGAUGCUGGCAGUUUCACGUCUCCGGCGUCAGCAUCUCCGACACGAAGGCUCAACAAGAAGCCGCCUUGGCCACCUUCACGGACACGUACACGGCGACUACGUGGCUGACGGUCAGGCCGGCCACGCCCAGAGGGCCAGUCGGUAGGAGGAAAAAAUAUGGAACGCUCGACGAGACCGACAGGAAGACAACCGAGAAGGGCGACUCGGAAAGUAGUAGCUCGGGCACGAGGAGUGUGGUCGUCGAGGUACGGUUUUCCGGGCCGCAGCCGGCAGAUCGGCCCGCGUUGCUCCUGCGCAGUCUCCUCAAGGGGGAGUCUGUGGCAGCACACCCGGUUUCUUUGCGGCGUGGUCGACAGACGAAGUCGAUGAAAGCGGCGGCGGCGGGGGACGAGAGAAGCCGCAUUUUCGCCAACGUCAACAGGAGCCCAGGCUUCCUCACAAGAGCCGAAGCGACUCGAACGGCCUGGUGUUUGCUGUCAAGCCGGUCUGUGAUGCACCGUGUUUCCGACCCCCCAAGGGACGAAGCGGGCGCUGGCCAGGGGAGGGCCGAAGAGCAGGGGUUGCUGUCGGAUGAGGAUAAUGACUCGGACGACGGUUUAGGCAACCCGUUCAAAGGGCACGGCAUCCUCUUCCAAGCGUUUAGUAGGUGCAUGGAUCUCUCGAGGUGGGCACCUGCCAACGAGACAAAUGCCGGCAAAGGAGUCGCGGAGGAGGACCGCGGAAGUCGUGGCGGACCUAGCGCUCUCAAGAGCAGCGCCGUCAACAUCGACCAGGGACAUGCUGCCGGCGAAGCCGAAUCCGGGUGGAACCUCAAAAUGGGAAACGAUGCGAGAGACGACCUGGCGGGCUUGUGGGGGGGGGGAGGGAGCAACAACCUCUCGCCCCUCAUCGUAGCGCCACCUCGGUCUCCUUUCCGUCGACGAGCUUCGGACACCGCCCUUGAUCGCGUCGCUGGUCCGGCGCUGACCAAAACGGCCGUUUCGCCGCUGACGGUUCAGGCGCCUCCGGCGGCACGUCGCACGCGAUCUGAGGACGGUUUGAAGGAUUCGACGUCCGAGAGCGAUCUCAGUUUGUUGCUCCCCAACAGGAAUCGUCCAGAGCAGACACAUCGAGCUCCUUGGAGCGGGUGUGAUGAAGACCACGACACAGCGAUGAAGUGGGAAAUGGGGGAGGGAGACGUAGGGAGUGACGCCUCGGCGGCACCGAGGGGAUGCGGCAACGGAUUAAGCGAUAAUUCGUCAUCCGUAGCGGCCUCGGCAAGGGAGACGGGCGACCGGGAGAAGGGUCCAUCGGAGAGAAGAGCGGAGAGUGCUGCCAACGUGAUAGCGGUGGAGUCUCUAAGGGAGGAGUUCGACUUCGACGGCCGUUCGUACCAGCCAGACAAUCCGCCGAAGGACUCGCCUUUCGCCUCAGUCUUCUCCGUGCCCUGCAGCGACGAGGCGCAGUACCUCGCGUUCACGGGUCUGGGACACACUGGGCAACCGUUACGGAUGCUGACCGCUAGGGUCCAGUUCUCGGUCAACUCUGAACGCACAGCGGAAAGCGUGGUCGGACCGCUCCAGGCCGGGGGCAACGGGCGUGUGUACGGUGCGUUGCGGUAUCCGAGCAUGAGCGAGCUCUGGCCGGAGAUUUGCAGCACGUCGGCCGUUCGAGUUGUGCAGGUGGAUACGCUCGUGGACAUCCGAUCAAGGCAAGGAGAUUUUCUGUUCCUAGGAAACGGACCCAAGGUAACGUAUCGACAAGCGCAGGUGCACAGCAGCAGGAAGGGAGCGUCAUGGGGACCGUAGCCGGAGCAAUAUCGAAAUGGUCAACAGGGAUUCGGUGGAAUAGCAUGGGUCAGCAAAGAGAUGCUGUAACUUGCUCAUGCGGAACUGGUCUUCUCUCUACUGGCGCUGCUCUACGAUUUCAAUGCAGCAGUGUUUGGGAGUACGAAGUAGAAUUUGCCACAAACAAGCGGGAUCAUGUAUCAUCUAGGGAGGGUUUUGAUCGCUGUUCCCGCACGGUUUCGAGGGCAUCGGUAAGUGAUUGUCAGAGUACCAGGUAGAUGACUGAAGUAGGCGUCUACAUAGAACUACGGGAGGUAUUAUCGGAUCAUGUUUUACGGCUGCAGUUUGUUGUACUGGGGGUAGAUACGUGGCAAGCUCCGCACAUGCGUUGUUUGUUGGUCGAUCGGGACAGCAGUGUUUUUUUUCGCCGGAGGUGUUCUCUCGCCCUUUACGUUCCCGAUUCAUACAUUCGUCAUGUAUGGCAGUGUGAGAGCAAGCAAUACGCCGAGGCAGCAACACUGCGGGAUGUGUGACGGUUUCGCUUCAAUCGAAUAAAUUCAGGCCUUCGCCAGGGCCUGUAGAUCAAUACCAUCAAUACC